GACAUAAGCUUAGUAGCUCUAGGCCAAAGAGAAAUCAAACUAGCUGAAGAUGAAAUGCCCGGUUUGGCUGCUAUUGUCAAUGAAUACAAAGAAGUUAAACCGUUGAAAAAUAUUAGAAUAAGUGGUUGCUUACAUUUGACCAUCCAGACUGCAGUUCUUAUAAAUGUUUUGGUGUCAUUAGGAGCCAAAGUUAGAUGGUGUUCGUGUAACAUGUUAAGCACUCAAGAUCAUGCUGCAGCUGCUAUUUCUACCUUAGACAAUGUUACAGUCUUUGCUUGGAAAAAUGAAAAUAGCUACGAAUACUGGUGGUGUGUUUAUCAAGCACUGUUCUGGCCUUCUUCAAAACCUAAUAGUUUAGAAGGACCAACACUAAUUAUUGAUGAUGGCGCCGAUAUGACAUAUUUACUGCAUAAAUUUGAUGAUCGAAUCACAGAUUUAUUAAAAAAUUUAAAAGGCAUAUGUGAAGAAACUACUACGGGUAUUCAGAGAAUAACAUCAUUAUUCAAGUCAAAAUUAUUGAAAUUUCCGGUUAUGGAUAUAAACUCAUCCGUUAUAAAGUGCAAAUUUGAUAACGUUUAUGGAUGUCGACAAUCAUUAGUAGAUAGUAUCAUGAGGGCAACUGAUGUAAUGUUAGCGGGUAAAUGCGCUCUAAUUUGCGGCUAUGGAGAAGUAGGCAAAGGUUGUUGUCAGUCAUUACGCGGUCUGGGAAUGAGAGUAUUUGUUUCCGAAAUAGAUCCCAUCUGUGCUUUGCAAGCACAACUUGAAGGUUACGAAGUCGUUAAAAUUGAAACAGUGCUUGAAAAAUUAUCUUUAGUUGUCACUGCUACUGGAUGCUGCGACGUAGUUACUAUUGAACACAUAAAGCAAAUGAAAAAAGGCACGAUACUAUGCAACAUUGGUCACUUCAACAAUGAAAUAAAUUUUGAAGGUAUAGAAAAAAUUGCAAAAAAGACAAAUAUUAAACCACAAAUAGACAUGUGGACGUUCUCUAAUGGAAACUAUAUACUUUUGCUAGCUGAAGGUCGGUUAGUAAACCUGGGUUGUGCAACGGGUCAUCCUUCGUUUGUAAUGAGUUGUUCCUUCAGUGCUCAGGUGGUAUCAUGUUUAGAAAUUCUGAAAAACAAUGAAAAUUACCAAGAGCCAAAGUUGUAUGCUGUUCCGAGAAUAUACGAUGAAAAAAUUGCAAAAUAUCACGUAUUGGCUCUCAAAGGGAAUAUGACAACUUUGACAGAACAACAAAGUAGAUAUUUAAGCAUAUCUCGUAACGGUCCAUACAAAGCAACCAACUAUAAAUACUAA